GGCAGCCCAGGCAGAGCUGACAGACGAAGAAAGCAGACUAGUUUCUGCGAAUAGCAUUGGAGCUUGCGAUUUUUGUGUUAUUUUUAAUAAUUCGUCGAUGCAGCGAUGAACGAACAUCAAAUUCGUCCACUUUGCAUUCGUUUGCAUGAGUAGAAAAGGAUCAAACCAGGAUUUUUCUAAGCGUACCGCUGAUUUUCAUCAUUCACCAGCCAUUUUAGAUCUUGGAAGAUUUUAAAUUUCUACGGCCUUUCAGCGACAAUCAUGCCGGAUUCGCUAUUAUUUGCCGAGGCUAACAAAGCCUUUUUCAGCAGGCAGCUGAGCCAAACCUCUCAACUAAGCGAGGCUCUGAGCACCAGCAGCGAAAGAAAGUCAAUUUCACAAAAGAGCAAGAAAAAGCCAGAUCAAAUCGAUGUUGCCCUUGAAAAGGAAGGCCUCUGCAGGAAACUUAUGCCUCGAGAUGGAAGCACCAUCUUCCGAGCUGUUUCUGAUCAGCUCUAUGGCACUCAAGCUUACCAGAAGGAAGUUAAGGAGGUCAUGCUGCUUUACUUUUAUGAAAAGCACGAAGAACUUGAACAGAUCAUCAGCAAUUACCAAAACUGCAACACUUUCAUUGACUACAUCACCCACAAGAUGGUGUGUGCUGUUGAGUGCUGUUUUAGGACUGGAAUUCAUCUUUACGAUGAAUCAGGCAAUGCUAUUUUCUAUGAAAGUGCCUCCUCUGGGGAGGAGAGGAGCAAAAAAGUCAUUAAACUGGCAGUCGAUAGGCAGCUGUGCUGGGACAGUGUCUAUCCCGUUGACUACUUCAAAGUUCAAGGCAUCUGCCAGUCUUUGCUGUACGAAUGCCUUUAUGUAAACGUUUUCAAUCUGAAGAAUGUUUUCUUUGCUGUUGAAAUGAUGCUUGGAAAGCCAAAGAAGAAUUUGCAGCAGGCAAGCAAAGUCAAUCCUGACAAAGAAACCAUGCUUUCUUUGCUCACCAACAAAUUCAAAGAUUCUGACUUGACGCUGGACCUAAAAGUCUUGAUUGACAUGGGCAUACCACCUUUCCCUUAUAAGGUUGCUAAGAGCUUGAGUCCUCUGGUGUACAGAAAUACUGAAUAUGACGUCUGCGCUUCUGCCAAAAGUCCCAACACUGAAAACAUAAGCAAAAACUUCCUGUUCGAGGGUUGCAAGUGCAUCAUUCACAAAAGAAGCAACUACAGAUACUACGGCUAUGUGCAGCGGCUGUUCCCUGAGCUGGGCAAAGCUGUAGUUUUUGUUGAGCAGCUUGGAGAACUGUGUGAAAUUGCAAUUGAGCUAAUAGAGCCUGUGAUAGCUGCCAAAAAAGCAACUAGGCGAAGGAAAAGCAAAUAUGGCAGUCGAAGGUAUAGCUCUGUGUCUAUGGACAGCCACAUGUCAGAUGACGAGGGUGACGUUGACGUCUUCGAAGAAGAGCCUGUGGAGAUGGAUGAACACUUCUUCAAGAAUGCAGCUAAGAAAAUUAAAAGUCUGACUUCUGUUGACGAAGGAUAUAGUGAAGCAGAGCCUACUGAGGAACAAAUUCCUGCAAUUAAAAAGGCUGUGCCGGAGGAGCUGCAGCUGUGUGCUCCUGCCAAAGAUAACUGGCAAGAUGACCAAUUGACUGGAGUAGACAGUGUUUCUCAGUACCUUUUGUCUGUGUAUGGGCCGCAAAAUAUGGCUGUGGUACCAGGUUAUCCUGGUUUAGUAAACAAAUCUGCUCUGCCCUCCUACGAAAUGGAUGGAAGUGAUUUGAAAAUCUGGGAUGUAUCAACUCUUCGAUUUUUUUACAACUUGGGCCAAAGGCAUUUCCAUGCUGCUAUGUACAACCUGUUCCUUGAGCAAGAUCUGGUCUGCCUGGUCACCCUUGACCCUCUGACUGCCACCAGCAAUUACAAUGCACACUUGCUCUCUCCUGUUUUGAAAAAUGGGAUGAAAUACCCUCUCUGCAUAUAUGCAGGGGAAAUGAUGGUGACUGGUCAACACACUCAAUUAAACGAAGAACUCAAGGAUGUUUCUUCCAACUUCAGUGGUAUCAACGGCGAUGUAGGCAGCGCCGAAUGGAAGGAUGACAUUGAAAAGACGUUCGAAGAUAUCUUGCAUGGAAAUCCAGCAUGUUUAAAUGUGAUAGGCUGGGAAAAGUCAGGAGUUUGCAGAACCUGCAUGUUUUACUACUUUGGAAAGUACUUUGCUCACUACCCUCGCUCGUUCCCAUUCCCUGUGAACCUUUGCUGCCAGCCUUCCAUGCACGAAGAUGGCAGCGACUUGCCUUUUGACGAUGCCUUCUCAAUCAGAUAUUAUUACAACCUAGGCAUUAGGAACCACCAAGCAGCUGAGUUGUCUUUCCUUCAUCAAAAUGGGACCAUUUCCUUUGAUACACUUUUUGGCACCUUUGGCGAAGAGCAAGAUGAUUUCAAUGUUUCUUGUGCCAUUCACAUGAAAUUUGGGAGACAAGUCUGCAAUAUGUCAGAGAAUAUUUCCUGCACCACCUACAACAAGUAUAGAAGUGCCUUGGAAAGGCAGUUUGUCUACAUCGUGAACAAGAAAAUACAAGGAUAAAAGGUGCAAAUCGCUCAAGACUAGAGUCAAAUCGCUCAUCGUGAUAUUUCUUUUAUCAUUAAUUUGAAAUCUUGUGAACACUAAGACAACUAAAACUAUUACAAUUUAAUUUUCUAGCUUGUGCCAUAAAUUUGGCAGCAAUUAAGGAAUUAAGCCAUAAUUUUUAUCAUUUAAUCUUCAGUUUCAAUAUUGUUUUAAAUAUUAAAACAAAUUUUCAUUUUAAAGUUUAUUUUGGCCAUAGCCUUAUUUAUGAAUGAAAAAAACAUUCAUUGCGUGAUUUUAAAGCGUGUAAAAUA